CUAAAUGAUUUUAAUGAAACUAGCACAAUGAAAGUACAGAAGAAACGUUCUGAAGUCUCGGUUUCGACUACCAAAUCAUGUACUCAAGUCAAGGAAGAUAUACCUACAGUUCCAUUGGACCAAAUAACAGUCAAAAUUCUAAAAUUGCGGUCUUUUGAAGAAAUACCUUCUUUAUUUCACAUAAAAGUCGUGUUUUUCGAUCAACUUUUAAUUAACGCCACAAUCGAAGCAAUAGGAGCUAGAGAAACAAUGAUAGAUAAAGUAAUCGCACAAGGAACAUUCGACUAUGAUCCUUCAGACUAUGAAAAAAUGUGCCUGUUCGCUAAUUAUCCUCUGACCGUGAGUAUUCAAUCCUUAAGAAAUGUGGAAAAUGAUAAAUCUUUCAUUGACCAUUACGCUUCCGGGCAUAGCUUGGAUGAUGUUAAUUUGAAUACAUCAGUUUCUAGUAUAUCGCAUGAGGUCAGUUGUUGCAAUGUGGACAUUCUGCCUAUUUUUGUUGACAAAAAGAACAUUCGCUUCAAGAAGCGAAUGGAACCGAUAAAAGAGCUUCCAUUGCUGGAAAAGAAGAGUUGGGAGACCCUUCCACUCGUCACUAUAGAAAUUUCCGCCACUAGAGAUCAAGAAAAUGUAAUGCAUCACAAAAUACUUAAGCAAGCAAACUUUAUGCAACUCACGUUGAUAGCAUCGCACAAUAUGCCUUUCACAUACGACAACGAACAUUUUUACACUGCGGUAACUAAAAUGCCUAUAAGCAAUGAAUUGAAUUCAAAUAUUUUUACAUUUCAUAAUGGAUACCGAAAACCGAAAAGAUUUAAUUUCUCUAAUUUUAUCCCAAAUUGGGAGAGUCUCAGAGCUGAAGGAAAUUACUUCUCCAAAACUGAUAUCAAGCUUGUUUACAAUUACGCUGAUAUACAAAAUGAAGACGAAGUUAAUUUAACACAUUACCUGAAGAAUCAGUUCAGUGCCCAUACAGUAACCUGGGCUUCUUUUCAUCGCACUCUUUUACUACAAAACCUUCAAGAAUGGUUUUUUAAACACCUUCGUCAGUAUUCUUGGCCUUUCGAAAUACAUAUUUCUAAUGAUCAACAAAGCUACGACUUCGCCGCUCCAUUAAACCUUUUCAAACUUCUUUACCCUGGUGAAACUACGGUAGUAUUAGCUGUGCCAUUACAAUGGAUAAAUGCUGACCUAAUUUUAGAAAAAUGUGGCUGUGAUGUACUGUUAUCAUCGAAUGAAAAGGUUUUGACUCCAGGCACUGCACAAAAAGCUAACAGGGUCACAGCAGAUGUAAACGCUCAUUCAAGCGCGGAAUUAAUGCAGUCAACUGGUUCCGAUGGUACAAAUGCUUUUGUGAUGGUCGAAGUUAAACUUUGGAAACCUUUAAGAAAAAUCGUAAUACUGCCAUCGAUUUCGAAUAAAGAAAUUAACGCAAUGCUUGAAAAAAUGGAAGAGGGUCCCGAUAAACGUGAAUGUGGAGGACGAGGACAAUUGGACAGGAAUUGGCAAUCCACCAUUAUAACUGCAGCUAACUCAUUGCGACGUGUGCCUUAUUAUGGAAUGACAGAAAUCUGUGCUUUCAACCGCCAAUUGAGUGAGACAAGAACAAGAGCAGAAAUCGCUACUUCUUUCUGGCAGGAAGCGGCCGUUUAUGUUAACAAUAACUUUGUUGUCAAGGACUAUUUGGCAUCCGCCAUCGAAUUGGAGGAAAUGUUGAUGAUGGCACAUGUAGCACUUCUACGUGUAGCCUGCGACACCUUAGUAGGUGUUGAAAAUCGAUUGGAACUUGAAUCAACAUUGAGAGCGGCCAGGCAAGCUCGUCAAAUGCAAGACCCUGAACAUGCUAUUACAUUGUUUUUACAGGCCGUUUCACAAAAACCGUUAGAUGCGAACCUUUGGCGAGAACUUUCUAUAUCUUUAAUGGAUAUUAACAAGAAUUGGGCAAAUGUUUGUAUUAAUAAAUCUAUUCAUCUGAAUCCCAGGGAUCCCAUCACUCUACUCUGCAAAGGCUCUAUGCUACUGGAGGAAGAUUUUGAACUAGCAGAACCUUUUUUUGAAGCUAUUCUCAGUUUUUAUCCAUAUUGGUCGACUGUUUGGGUAAUAGCUAGUGCCUACUAUAUAAAAAGAGGAUUGUUUGAAGUGUCCGAUAAAAUUAUGGAAAUUGUUAAAAAAAUCUUCGCUGAAGCACUGAAUGACGAGCCGUAUUUUCCGAGAGCUUGGGAUCGUGAGUUCGGCGACUGGUGGGAUAACACACCUCUCCUACCGGGAAUGAGCCGAUAUUAUGAUGCAGCCGAUUUUUUACUUAGGAUCAGAGCAAUUUCCUUAGCAGAAGUGUGUACAGCUCGAGGAUUGAUUGAAGCAAAAGAGUCUGCAGCAUACUUCCACUUGCUAGCACUUUGCUGUCGUUUAAAGGGCAACAUUGUGGAAGCAUUGUGUCAUACCCAACAAGGAAUCGAAAGAUACGGAGAGAUAAAUUACUUGAGAAGCCUUGAAGCGGAAUGCUAUUAUAAACUAGGGAAACGUACAGAUGCCAUUGCAUCAUUCGACAAGGCCGGUUCCUGUAUAGGAGCAUACAGCAUCCUGCUAUCAAUUUCAUGCAAAGAGGCGCAACGUGCUAGGUCUACUUUAAUAGAUUUGGUGCGACGACAACCCAGUGCCUACACGUGGAUGGCACUUGCUGAUGAUUGGAUAACGCGAGCUGCUGUUGGAGAAGGUGGAGAUGGCGGUCAAACUCAAGAGCAAAUCACAGGCAGGGCGUGUGCGACGGCUUGCGUGGUUCAAGCUCUCAAAUGGGACAGAAGAGCUGGCCACGCUUGGGCUCUCCUUGCUAAGCUAGUUGAAUCCAAGACUCAACGCCAACAUUGCAAUAGAAUGGCUGAAAUCUUCAGCUAAUCUGUUUCAUCAUGGCAAAAGUUUGAGCCAGUAACAGUACACAAACGGGCUAGCUGGAAUGGGUGUAUUUGUCUAUGCGUUGAUUUGGCUGACGCAAAAAUUGGCACAACUGCCAAGCCCACCUUUGGAUAUUGAAACCACGCCUUUGCCUGACCGACACUUUAUUCCCCCCCA